AUGUCAAAAAGUUAAGAAUGCGUUAAAGUCGUAGUACGUUGUCGUCCAUUAAGUAAAAAAGAACUUGAUGAAGAUCGUAAACAGAUAGUAUUUGUAAAUCAAAACCGAGGAGAAAUGCAAGUAAUCAACCCUAAAGGAGAUCCAUCAGAGCCUCAAAAAACUUUUACAUUUGAUAAUACAUUUGAACCCGAUGUAAAAUAAGAAUUAGUAUAUAUGAGAACUGCCUAUCCUAUAGUAGAAAGUGUUUUGGAAGGUUAUAACGGCACAAUAUUUGCUUAUGGAUAAACAGGUACAGGUAAAACACAUACAAUGGAAGGAAAAGAUAACCCUAAAGAUUAAAGAGGUAUAAUUCCUCGUACAUUUGAGCAUAUAUUCAAGGUAAUAAAAGGUACUCCUAAUGUCUAAUUUUUAGUCAGAGUUAGUUAUUUGGAACUAUAUAAUGAAGAAAUACGUGAUUUACUACAAAAGAAUAUUAAAAAACUCGAACUGAGGGAAAAACCAGGUAGUGGAAUUUACGUAAAGGAUCUUUCCACAUUUAUGAUUUAAGAUCCAUAAGAAAUGAAUGAAAAAUUAAUGUAAGGAGGAGAGAAUAGAUCAGUAGGGGCAACAUAAAUGAACCAAGAUUCAUCUAGAUCUCAUUCUAUUUUUUCUAUUACUGUUGAAAGAUGUGACUAAACUGAUAGUGGAGAAAGCCAUAUUAGAGUAGGUAAGCUUAAUUUGGUAGAUCUUGCAGGUUCAGAAAGGUAGAAUAAAACUUAAGCAACUGGAAGUAGAUUGAAAGAAGCUAUUAAUAUUAAUUAAAGUUUAACUACUUUAGGUAAUGUCAUUUCUUCUCUUAUUGAUCCUAAAUCUACUCAUAUUCCUUAUAGAGAUUCUAAACUAACUAGACUCUUGUAAGAUUCGCUUGGUGGUAAUACUAAAACUGUUAUGGUUGCUAAUGUUGGCCCUGCUGAUUAUAAUUAUGAUGAAACAAUAAGUACUUUAAGAUAUGCUCAUAGAGCUAAAUCGAUUUAAAAUAAACCAAAAAUUAAUGAGGAUCCUAAGGAUGCAAUGAUUAGAUAAUUUUAAGAUGAAAUAAAUAGACUUAAAUAAUAAUUAGCUUAAUCUGUUGAUAGUAAUACUUAAAUUGAAGCAGAAAUUAUUCAAGUAGAAAAAGUUAUACAUGUAAAUGAUGAUGAAACAAUUUAAAGUAUUUAAGAUAAGUUAAAUUAAGAUAAAUAAGAAUUCGAGAAAAAAAUAAAAGAUGAAAUAAAAAAUAUAGAAGAAGAUAAGAAACUAUAAGAACACUAAAAAAUGAAAUUAAUUUAAUAGUUGAAGGAAAAAGAAGAAAAAGAAUAACAUAUUCAAGAAGAAAGAGAGAAAUUAUUAAAGAAAAUACAAAAAAUGGAAGAAAAAGUUAUAUAAGGAGACUAAAUAAUGUAAUAAGCCCUAGAAAAGGAAAGAGAGUUAAUCCGUGCAUAAUAAAAAAUAUAAGAAACGAGAAAUGAAUAGCAAAAAAUGGCUUAAGAAAUUCGAAAAAAUGAAGAAAUGGCAAUGGAAAUGGAUCGCAGGUAUAAAAAUAGUAAAGAAGAAGUAGAUGAUAAAACUAAAAGAAUAAAAGAUUUAAUUAUAAGGUUAAAACAAAUAGAAAGUGAAAAUGGGGAGUUAGAAGAAUUCUAUGCUUAAGAAAUAGAAGAAUUAUAAGUAAGGCAUAGGGCUUUAUAGAAAGAACUAAAAUUGAAAAAUCUUAUUUUGUAGUAUUUUAUACCUGAAAAAGAAAUUAAAAGAUUAUAAACCAAAGCUAUGUUUAGAUAAGAUUUAGAUAAUUGGACUUUUCCUAAUUUUGAAUUAUCUGGAAACAUGUUAAAAAUUAAAUAACAAGCCUAAGAUAAUGAAUAUGAAUAACAGGAUGUUAAAGAAAUUCUUGAAUUAGAAAAAGAAGGACAUCCUAAUAUGUUUUACAUGUAUACUGAUGAUGGAAUUGUUAGAGUAGAAGAAGUUGAACAAAGAGAAGGCAAAAAAAUGUAGAAAAAAAGUACCAAAAAAAGACCAACCUCUAAAAUGUAAAGCACCUCUAAAAGACCCCAAAGUGGAAAGAAAAAUACUACUUUGGCUAAUGAAGAAGAAAACUUUCCAAAAGCUAAGGGCCUAGUUUAAAAAAAGUGAAUAUGCUUAUUUUUUGUUGUUUUAUCUUUUUUUAUAUAAGUCAAU